AUGGGAAACAAUCACAGUAAAACCCCAUCAAAUAACGACACAAAAAAUGAGAUUGGUUCUAAAACUAUUAACAAAAGAGAGUGUAACCCAAUGCUGCCAAAAUGUAAAAAGUCUUGUAAAUUGUCAAAAGACCAGAAAUAUCUAGAAAGAGAUAAAGCCCAAAAAUAUCUUGAAGAUUAUAACUUAUUAAUGAAAAGGAUAAAUAAUUUUAAUAAUGAUUUUGAAAAUAAAACUUUUGAAGAAAUAGAAAAAGAAGUACAAAUUAUUGACUCAGAUGCUAUUCGAUUAGCAAAUACUUUUAUUCAUGCCCAUGCAGUAAAAGAUGUUUUUAAUAAUAUUGAUUAUGAAAAAACUCAAGAAAAUGUUCGAGACAUACAUAUUGCUUGUACGUCUACAGAAUGUAAUUGUAUCAUUCAUGAUAAUCAUGAAAGAAUUGAAAGUCUUCGACUGAAAAAGAUGAAAGAAAGACAAAUGGAAUUAAAAAAUAAUUAUAUGAAACAUAUAGAUUGUUUUGGAGAAUUGUAUUCUAACAAAGCUUCUCAAACAUUAUUGGAUCAAUGUUUUUAUAAAGUUAUUGAAGCCAUUAAAUCCUAUUUAAAAUUUGUUUAUCCAAAUGGUGGUUAUGAAAAAGAACAAGAACAUAUAUUGCUGGAACUUCAUCAAAAAUAUCCUAAUUAUACAAUAUAUUCUAUAAGUUAA